CUCGCAGGAGUCUCACGGAGGAUUUAAUUAUCUGUCAUCUUAUCCAAGAGAGGAGCAGCAGAUCCUGCAGAGACUCCACCAGCUGCUGCUGCUGCUGCUGUUGCUACACACACAGAGGAGAAAGACAUCAUGAGUGACCGAUUCAACUGCAAGAACUGCGACGAGUCCCUGUGCGGACGCAAAUACAUCCAGGUGGAGGAGCAGCCGCACUGCAUCCCCUGCUACGACCGCCUGCACGCCAACACCUGCCAGGAGUGUAAAGAGAUCAUUGGACACAAUGCCAAGGAGCUCUUCUACGAGGACAGACAUUACCACGCUCACUGUUUCCGCUGUUUCCGCUGCGACCGCUCUCUGGCGGACGAGCCCUUCACCAGCCAGGAGGAUGCGUUGGUGUGCAGCGACUGCUACUGCAACGAGUAUUCCUCCAAGUGCGUGUCCUGCGACAAGAUAGUCAUGCCAGGAUCGAGGAUGUUGGAGUACGGCGGCUCCACGUGGCACGAGGACUGUUUUUUGUGUCAAGGCUGUGAGAAGCCGAUCGGCGCCGAGGCCUUCAUCCCGGACAACAACAACUACUACUGUGUGCCGUGCUACGAGGGCAGAGUCGCUCCUCAGUGCAGCCACUGCAACAAGGCUCUGACUAAAGGAGGGGUGACCUACAAGGACGAGGUGUGGCACAAAGAGUGUUUUCUCUGCACGGGCUGUAAAGCUCCGCUGGCCGGCCAACCCUUCACCUCGCAGGGGGAGAGUCCGUACUGCGUCAAGUGCUUCAGCAGCCUGUACGCCAAAAAGUGCGCCGGCUGCAACACGGCCAUCACAGGGUUCGGAGAUGGCAAGUACGUUUCUUUCGAGGAGCGGCAGUGGCACCAGCCAUGCUUCAAGUGUUCACGCUGCUCCGUGUCACUGGUGGGCUCCGGCUUCUUCCCCGACCGCGACCAGAUCCUGUGUACAGACUGCAACAACGACGAGUGACCACCGAUAAAACACACCUGCAGCAAAUAUCAAACUCACCUGGCACCAGCAGAAGAAGAAGAAGAAAAGAAAAACCCUCAGCUUUGCACAUGAACACUGCAAUAUUACUCUUUCACUCACAGUGUAAAGCUGAAACGAAGCUCAGUAUUUACAACUCAAACCCCUCGUCUGCCUUCAGCACGGUGAAAUAUUUGUAUAAACUCUGCAGAAUUAUCCUGUGAUGUAUGUGUAUGACUUUGUUUUUCUUUAUUCUAUAUGUUUUGCACAUCAGAGACUAAAUAAAAUAUACAAAACAUAUAUGUAAACCUCUAACUUAAACUGUUUAUCACUUUGAUUCAUGACUGCUAGAUGGAACCAAAAUUUUAUGACCUUUGCUUUUCAAACAUAUUUCUACUUUUUAAAGAAUAUUAAGAUUUAUAAAAUGUCUUCUUCUCCCAUUACUUGCUAUUUGUAUUAGCUGAUAAUGAAAUGUUGGAAAAAAUUAAAUACAUUUUUUGUUUAAUUUUCAGCUUUAAGCAAACUUUACUUGCGUACAUGCAAUAAUAAUAAUAAUAAUAAAAAUGUUCCAAAACAGAA